UUAAGUUAUGCUAUUGAAUACAAACGUUUUUAAUUGAAAGUUUUUCUUAGUAAGAAAGUCAUAUAAACUAGAAACAUGGCAUAUAUUGUGGAUUUGAGAUCGGAUACGGUUACUAAGCCGACUGAAUCUAUGAAGCAUGCAAUGGUGAAUUCAGCUUUAGGAGAUGAUGUGUAUAAGGAAGAUCCGACAGUAAAUGCACUGGAGAGCAAAGUAGCUAAUUUAUUAGGAAAACAAGCGGCAUUGUUUGUACCCAGUGGUACGAUGGCCAAUAUAAUUGCCAUUAUGGUACACUGCAAUAAAAGAGGUUCAGAGGCAAUCGUUGGUAACUACUCACACAUCUACAAGUAUGAACAAGGUGGUGCUGCUCAUGUAGCAGGGGUUUUGUUAAGUACAAUCCAGAAUAAACCAGAUGGGACGUUUGAUUUAAAAGAGUUGGAAAGUAGAAUACGCGGAUCAAAUAUUCAUGAGCCUAUUACUUCUCUUGUGGCUAUAGAGAAUACGCAUAACUACUGCGGUGGAAAGGUCUUACCCCUAGAAUGGAUAGAUAAUCUAUCUGAACUGUGCAAGAAGCACAGUAUACCACUGCAUAUGGACGGAGCCAGGUUGCUGAACGCUAGCACAUACCUAGGGAUAGCUCCGGAGAGGAUUGUCAAGGACUGCGACAGCGUAUCGUUGUGCUUCAGUAAGAACUUAUCUGCACCGGUCGGUUCUGCUCUUGUUGGAUCUUGCCACUUUAUCGAACAGGCGCGGCGCAUGCGCAAGAUGCUGGGCGGCGGCAUGCGGCAGGCGGGCGUGCUGGCGGCCGCGUGCGUCGUGGCGCUGGACGAGGUGGCGCCGGCGCUGGCGCUGGACCACCGCCGCGCGCGCCUGCUGGCCGAAGUGAUCCACGGUCUCUUCCUCAAGUCGUUCUCAGUGGAUGUGGCAAGUCAACACACCAAUAUGGUGUUGGUUCGCAUCGCGGAGACCAGCUCAUUGACCUCCGAUAUGGUGCUCCAAAGGCUGGAGCAGGUCAGCCUUGCGGAGACCCAGGGCGAUUGCAAGACAACGAACGACGAAGGCGUGAUAGUCAAAGCUAUAAACUUCGAUGAGAAAACAAUUCGUAUCACACUUCACCGUGAGAUACAAGAUGAGGAUCUCUGGCUCGCUAUAAUGAAGAUCACAUACGUUUUCAAGGAGCUGGAUGCUGCACAUUCUAUCAAGAGCUAAAAAAAUUACCUAGACUCUACUGGCAGGACGGCAAGACUAGGAAUUUUUAGGUGCCAAAUAUACUAAUUAGGGAACGUGUCCGUACUUCGUGAUGUAUCUGUUACUAUUUACGUAGGUAGUCAGUUAUUAAUCAGCUGACGUCCUGACGUAUGUGCGGCAGUGUUGCCACUUGAGUUUAAAAAGUUCCAUAUUUGAAUACAGCCCAAAAAACGUGAGAUUUUUCUAAAGAUGAUCGAUUGCCCCUGUGACCAAGAGUGGUAUUUAUACUCUUUUCCCCCCUCUGAACGAGUCACGCAGUAUGGGUACGUUCCCUAUUCGAAAGUUAUGUACAUUAAAAAAUCAAUCGAAUAGAGGGAGUAGUGUAGGUAAAUGGUAGGUUUUUAACUUUGUGUAAUUUACUAUCAGUUAGACAUUUAUAAUCUUAAAUAUUUGUGAUUCAAUAAAAGUUAUCGCACAUACACAUUACAAAUGGAAAAGGUGCUUUUUAUAUUAUGGUUAGGUUGAUAAUCCUAGGGUAUUUGGAUAUUUGAUAAGAUUUCUUGCCGUGCUGCCAAGUAUACACAGGCUCUUAGCCUAACACAAACUGAUUGUAAAUUCAGUCACAAUAACUUCUUUAACACAACGUUACCAGUGCAACAUUACUUAACAUUGUAAAUAAAAUCAAUAAAACAAGAUAGUUAAAAACUAAAACUCGACUACGACAAAAAAAAAUCGUUCGUCACUUUGUGUCGUUUAGAGGGCGCCACAUAAAAUAUAAUGUUAAAUCAUACAUCCUAUAACCAUAGGACAAUUAAGACGCUUCUUAUGAUACGUUAUUUGGCUAAAUAUGACAAGUAUUUUGGGAGAUAUGAGGGAACAGAUGAACAUACAUACAUACACAGAUUGCUAAAAUUAUAACCCUCCCUUUGACUUUGCCGUGGUCGAGAAAUAAACCGUCAACUAGCCUACAACUCAUGUUAUCAAUAAAUUGUUUUUUUUUUUUUUUUUUUUUUACAUAGUGAUUCUAGUGUUGACCAAUAAAAAAUAUACUUGUGUAGGGGUUUUAUAAAAAAUAUAUUCCAAAAUAAAAAUCAUUGUAUGAUUUAAUCAGUAGUGAUGAAAUCUAAUUUUAAUGUUCUAUUA